AUGUCGGAAGGCAACGCGGCGGGCGAGCCCAGCAAUCCUGGAGGGCCGCGACCCCUUCUCUCUGGGGGCCGGGGGCUGAUCGGCCGGCGGCCCGCACCCCCGCUUACGCCGGGUCGCCUUCCCUCCAUCCGCUCCCGGGACCUCACCCUUGGUGGAGUCAAGAAGAAAACCUUCACCCCAAAUAUCAUCAGUCGGAAGAUCAAAGAAGAGCCAAAAGAAGAAGUAACUAUGAAGAAGGAAAAGCGUGAAAGGGACAGAGACCGCCAGCGUGAGGGUCACGGUCGGGGACGUGGCCGCCCAGAAGUGAUCCAGUCCCAUUCUAUCUUUGAGCAGGGUCCGGCAGAAAUGAUGAAAAAAAAAGGCAACUGGGAUAAGACAGUGGAUAUGUCAGACAUGGGACCUUCUCAUAUCAUCAACAUCAAAAAAGAGAAGAGAGAAACAGAUGAAGAAACCAAGCAGAUCCUGCGCAUGCUGGAGAAGGAUGAUUUCAUCGAUGACCCAGGCCUAAAGAAUGACACACGGAACAUGCCAGUGCAGCUGCCACUGGCUCAUUCAGGGUGGCUUUUUAAGGAGGAGAGUGAAGAGCCAGAUGCUAAGCCUUUUUCAGCUGGCCCCAAGGAAGAAGACAUGGAAGUGGACGUGCCUGCUGUAAAAGUGAAAGAGGAGCCACGGGAUGAGGAAGAGGAGGCCAAGGUGAAAGCCCCUCCAAGAGCAGCCCGGAAGACCCCUGGUCUCCCAAAGGACGUGUCUGUUGCAGAGCUGCUCAGGGAGCUGAGCCUCAUGAAGGAUGAGGAGCUGCUGUUCCUUCAGCUGCCUGAUACCCUUCCCGGGCAGCCGCCCACUCAGGACAUCAAGCCUAUCAAGACAGAGGUGCAGGGCGAGGAUGGACAGAUGGUGGUCAUAAAGCAGGAAAAAGACCGGGAAGCCAGGCUAGCAGAGAAUGCUUGUACCUUGGCUGACCUGACAGAGGGUCAAGUGGGCAAGCUGCUCAUCCGCAAAUCAGGGAAGGUGCAACUCCUCCUGGGCAAGGUGACUCUGGAUGUGACCAUGGGAACAACCUGUUCUUUCCUUCAGGAACUGGUGUCUGUGGGCCUUGGAGACAGCCGGACAGGGGAGAUGACAGUCCUGGGACAUGUGAAGCACAAACUUGUAUGUUCUCCUGAUUUCGAAUCUCUCUUGGAUCACAAACACCGGUGAAAUGGACAGAUGGAGGAUAGUGACUGUGCCCACAACCGCACAUGUUCUCAAAUACAUGCAGCCCAGAAGGGGCCUCUUUAGCCUACCCGUUGCAGCCUUUGGCGGCUGUGGUCCCAUUGCCCCCCCUCCCCCAACUAGGGCUGUGCUGCCCCUCAUCCCAGCAGCUGUGAGCGGGACUUCACACAGCGUGAGUAUGGAAGGCACAUACAUCCUCACCUCUGGGAACGUGACCUUGCUAUUUAUUUUUUAUUUAUGUUUUGAUCCUCAGCUGACUAUAUUCUCCCAGAGUAGGAUGGAGCUCUUUUUGGGGAGCCAUGGGCUACAGGGAUAGGAUGGAAUUUGAGAUUUAAAACUCAGUCCCAGCUCACUGGUUUCUAGUUCUGUGUCCUUGAACAAAUUACCUAACCUUUCUGAGCCUCAUAUUCCUCCCGACAAACAUGAGGAUAAUACCUACCUCACAGGGUUGGUGUGAGCAUCAAAUAGAAUGCUGUUGAUGAGAACUCCUUGCACAAGACUGGAUAUACAUUAUAUAAGGGUGUGUGUGUGUAUGUAUACACAUACAUGUAUGUUUAUAUACGUGUACAUACCCAUAGGCACUCAAUAAAUGUUAGUUUUUCUUUCCUUUCCUUGAGUCUAUUUCCAAAUAAAUGAGCUUUAUACUCUGAAGAA